AUGCGUGUCUUUGCACCAUUUUACGCUGUACUCAUCAGCCUUGCUUUGCCAUUCCUCACAAGCGCUGCUGAUGAUCCGAGUUACAACGCUUCCCUGCCCUUUCGACCCAAUAAUGUGUCAUCUCUUCAUGACCCGUACUACUGGGUUGGGUCUUACUACAAUGGGACUGCGGAAUUAGAGUUGAUGUCUUUUACGAGCCUCGUCGCGGAGAAUAGCUCUCAGUGUCCGUCACUUGCCAAUACCACCACUACCGUGCAAUAUGACACUAUUCUCGCCCUCACCGAGCCGAGCUCCUUCCUGAACGGUGCCAGCGACCCAGUGAAUGCUUUUCUCCUUCUCUGGGACACCGGCUUCGAUUUUUCCUCUAUUACCACUUUUAGUAAUUUUCUUAUUGAUCUCCCGUCUUUGAAAUCGAGUAUUUGCUCUUCUGCACCUAUGUGGCUUGAUUGGUUAUAUCCUGAGAACUACUUCAACUGGGCACUCAAAGCUAGCGAUCCAUACCGACUCUCGAGCACCAUCACCAGCGACUACUAUGGCGGCGAAGAUAGUUUUUUAGUCAACAUGACGAACUGUACUAACACGGAAGCUGUUCCGUGGUGGGUUUUUUUGAAUUCCGGUACCCUAGCGAAUGGCACCUCUGCCGGGGAUUCCGGAUGGCCAGGUAUGGCAGCUAACCUGGAGUUCGACCGCGCGGCGGCGAACUAUACCAUCCAGGGUUACUUCAAGGCCUAUCGAGCAUAUGGCGAAAAUAAUGACAGAUUCGGCGGAGUCCCUGCAGAAGGGCAAUUCACUCUGCGAUUCACGGGCAAAAUAGAUACCUACCACUCGGACGUCUUGGUCAAUGACACAGCCACCCCGACCUGGUUGCGUACGGUUGGCUUCAAUAACAAUUCGCAAAACAUCGGAUUUACGGGUGCAGCGGGGAGGGUGUGUUCCCUCGCGGACACAGGCCGAUGGGCUGCUCUUGCCUUGGUGACGCAGGUUGUGUGGCUUAUCCUCAAUUGA